GAGGAGCACUGGGGUCAGCCCACCCUGGAGAUGCUGAAGAGAAGGGACAUUCUGGCUAUUGUACUCAUCGUUCUGCCCUGGACCUUACUCAUCACAGUAUGGCACCACAGCACUCUGUCCCCGCUGCUCACUGCACACAAGGAGGACGGGAGCGACAGCCGCAGGGAUGCAAGUCCAGGCUCCGAUUCAAGGGAGUAUUGUUCCUCUGAGAGGGAUAUCGUAGAAGUUGUAAGGACUGAGUAUGUGUACACUCGGCCGCCGCCUUGGAUGGGCAACCUCCCGACCAUUCAUGUUAUCACCCCAACCUACAGUAGACCAGUCCAGAAAGCUGAACUCACCCGUCUGUCCAACACGUUACUGCAUGUGCCCAAUCUGCACUGGAUCCUGGUGGAGGACUCUCAGCGACGCACCCCUCUUGUUACCCGGCUGCUCCAGGAAUCUGGUCUCAACUAUACCCAUCUUAAUGUGGAGACACCCCGUAAUUAUAAACUGAGGGGAGACACUCGGGACCCACGAAUACCCCGAGGGACAAUGCAGAGAAACCUUGCCCUGCGCUGGCUUAGAGAGACCUUUAACAAAAACAACAGUUUGCCUGGAGUGGUGUAUUUCGCGGAUGAUGAUAACACAUACAGCCUGGAUCUGUUUGAGGAGAUGCGGAAUACUAAGAAAGUGUCGGUGUGGCCGGUGGCGUUUGUCGGAGGGUUGCGAUACGAGUCGCCCAAAGUCAACGCGGCUGGAAAAGUGUACGGAUGGAAGACGGUGUUCGAUCCACACAGACCAUUCGCAAUAGACAUGGCAGGCUUUGCCGUCAACCUACGUCUCAUACUGCAGCGACCGCAGGCGUAUUUCAAGCUACGAGGAGUCAAAGGUGGUUACCAGGAGAGUAGUCUACUGAGAGAGCUGGUCACCCUCAAUGAUCUGGAGCCCAAAGCCGAUAAUUGCACUAAGAUCCUGGUCUGGCACACACGGACAGAGAAACCAGUGCUGGUGAAUGAGGGGAAGAAAGGCUUCACAGACCCCAAUGUGGAAAUCUGAACACACGUGCACCGGGGCUGUUUUCUUGGUUACCAAUCGCUGCCUAGGGCCUCUUCCUAAGCCGUUGAACUAAGAAAGAAACUUUGGAGACAAGUUCUCCAGCACUGAUCGCCCCCUGCCCUGCAGCUUGCACAGGAUCCAUGUGUAUGUUAUAUUUUCCUAGAAGCACAGCACAUGUGGUGGAGAGACAGAUGUCAAGAAAGAAGGAAGCUGCAUCUUACAAAGGAUCCCCCUUUCCCUCGCCCAAAACAAAGCUGUGCUCUCGCUGAUCAAUGGCAAACACAAUAACGGUGCCCGUCAGGGGCGAGACUGAACUUCCAUGGUCCUUCACAUCUACACACCAUCAUUAGCAGUGUGGCUCCUUGACCCUUUUGCAGGUGCUGGCUCUUUUGCUGCCAUCUGCUGGUCAUUCUGUGAAAUGGUUGAAUUCAUCACUGUACCUGGAUAUUACCUUGCUGACAGUUUCCAUAACUUUGGUAAUAUUUACCAGUGCCUCUCCGAGUUCAUAUCAGUUUAGUGGAGCAAAUAAAAAUAAAAAAAAGGAUUCUGUAUGCAAAUCUGAACGGUCUCGCCCUAUUUUACAGUUUGCAUUGGCCUUAUAUAUCACAAAAUGUAAUCAUUAAAAUGAAUUGCAUAUAAACAAGGAUGGGACCAUGAGGGUAGAAGGAAGAGCUGGGGGA